GGGAACAUCAGCCACUGUGGAAGAAGUGACUGGUCAGCACAAGUACAUAAAAGAAAUUUAAUUGUGCGAAUAUAUAUUUCUUUAUAUUAAAAAUUUCUGAGCCAUUUUAUACUUGAAAAUAUAACAUGGAUUCAAAUUCAUAAAAAAAAACAUUAUUUUAUUCUAGUGGAUAUCUAACUGCUCUGAAAAUGGAAGGACAUAGUAUUUAUUUGAGUUUUAUCGUAACAAGUGUGUUUCUUUCAACAUGUAGCGCUGCUUCCUUCUAUGUCGUAGAAAAGGGAGAUAACUCUCGUGCAAAACGUGCUAUUUCAACAACAAUAAAACCAAGUAUCGUGGAUGGCAGAGACAUUGCUGGGGUACGGGACGGCUCGGACAUUCUGGCCAAGGACUCGAACCCAGCUCUUAGUGCAGUUGACGGCUCAGACAUUGUCAAUAAAGAUUUAAAAGCUGAUACAAGAGGUAUAGAUGGAACAGAUAUAAUGGGUGUUAGAGAUGGUACUGAUAUCAUUCCUCAAGACACCAACCAAGGACCUGCUGUAGAUGGCACUGUCAUAGCUGGAGUACGUGAUGGUACAGAUAUUAUUCCUCAGGACUCAAACCCAGGUCAGAACACAGAAGGCCAACAAUUAUCUGAGUCUUACCCUAACAUGCAGGCCCACCAUGAAUCUGGAACAGACUACACAAGCCAGGGUGAUUACCACGGUAACGAGAACAGUAACGAGGGAAACCAGUAUGAUCACCAUGGUGAACAACAUGAAACAACCACACCGGAUCCUGACCAGUAUGAGACCACAACACAUGAUCCUGAUCACUACCAGCCAUCAGGGAGAGAAGGUUGGCAUAAUCCUCUUAUAAUGUCACGCCCAGGUGAGCUUCCUCCAAUGGCAUUACCAAUGACUGCUCCAGAAGGUGGUGAAAAUCCAGUUCAUGACAUGCCGCAAGCUCUUGCACUGACAAGUAAUCCCGAGACACAAGAACAUGGUGCACCAGUUGCAAUGGCUCAAAAAGCACCUCCUCCACAGAAUGGUGCAGGUGGAACAUAUUCUGGCUUCGGGAAGAAGGGUCCAGCUCCAAGUGGUGCCAAGAAAGGCUUUGGGGUUGGCCAACCUACAGGAGCCAAACCAGGUGGCCAAAGAUUCGGCAAGAGAAGAUUUGGAGGUCCCCCUAAAGCAGGAGCAGGAGUAGGGCCUGCAAAAAUAGCAGGUCCACCUGGCAAACCGGGUGUAGCUGGAAAAGCUCGGCCGCCCCCUAAAUGGGGUGGUCCUAAACCUAUCAGUGUUACAGAUUCACCAUAUAAAGCUACAACUAUCCAUAGUGGCCAUGCCAAAAGUGAACACAGUGGAACAAAGGAAGCCCACGGGCAUGGGGGUGCUGAAAGCUCAAACCCUAUGAACAAUUUGAUGGCAAUGCAAUUAAUGGGCGGUGGCGGUCCAGGUGGUGACAUGUUCUCUGAGAUGAUGGAAAUGCAGAAAAGAAUGAUGAGGAACAGUCCUCAAAUGAUGCAGCAACAAAUGAAAAUGUACCAACAGAUGUUUCCCCAAAUGUUUGGGGGUGGGACAUCAGGUGAGGGCACAAGCGGUAAAUCGGGAGAGGGCGGAGCAAUGCCAAUGAUGCCAAUGAUGCCUAUGUAUGGAAUGGGAGGGGAAGAAGGAAAUAAUCUACCAAUGGCAAUGGCCAUGGCAAAUAACAUGAACUUCCAAUCUCCAUACUCACAGCAAACCUCACAAGCAUGUAUAAAGGACCCAAACAGCCCAGCCUGUAAGACGGCACAGCAAUCUAUGAUGCCAGGCAUGAUGCCCGGUAUGAUGCCCGGCAUGAUGCCAGGAAUGAUGCCAGGUAUGAUGCCAGGUAUGAUGAUGGGUGAAACUCAGAUUGAGGGACCAUUUGGAGAGAUGGACAUGGAACCAGGCGAGAUGGAUAUCGAAGGACCGAUGGCCUUACAUCUUCUUCAGCGACUUAACAUGCCACAACAAAAUGUUCAUCCUCAUCAUAAUGAAAUAACCCUUAACCAUCAUGUCUUAAGUGCUCUGCAGAAGCGUUUUGGUGUCAAUACCACUGCAGGAAUACAGAAGAUGUCAACAAAUCCGAAGUUUCAGUCUUUCAUGUUUCAUGUUUUGAAGCAGUCGACUAAAGGUGCUCCAGGAGAGUUCCAUGCAAAUCUAGGAAAGGCUCAGGUGGAUAAAAUUCUAGCUGGACUCGACACAAGUGUUGCAGUUAAUGAGAGAAUGCCACCAGGCAAUCUAGAUCAGGCAAAACUCCUUGAGAAACCACAUGAAAAAGGAUCACCCCCAGGUUCACAUGAGGCUGUGCUAACCCUGGACAGCAAAACAAACUAUGGGGACAGUCAUUUACCUUUUGGAGCACAAGCCUCUGUUGCACAGCCAGGUACCUUCCAAGCUUUAGUUCAACAGGUGAUGGGCAUUACCACACCAGCACCUACAGUCGUUGCACCUACAGUUAUUGCGCAGACAGUCAUGACUGGAAACGAGACAACUACCAGUAACACUUCAGUGGAUCCAAAUACCAGUACCAAUGCAACCGCGAAAAAUACCGCUGGAGCUGAAACUGCUGCUGUGCUUCUAGGUUUGGCUACACCAGCUCCUCUUGUACCUGCAAUUCCUUCAGCUCUAAGCCCUACUGGACUCGCUCAGCAAAAUCAGCUUCUCACAAUGUUAGCUGGAGGUGAAGUUGGAGAACAAGGCCGUGACGGUGAAAGAAAUAAAUUUGGAAACAGGAACGAAAUCAGAAAUAAAGACGCAAUUCCGGGACUUUCUCAAGAUGCUAGAAACAGAGCGUUCGGCAAAGUUGACAAAAACAAGUUUGGCAGCGCAACUGCUGGAACUGGUGCAAAUGUUGACAAUCGGCCAAUCGGAAUGCAGGAAGCUGGAGUAUUUCCUGGAGCGAAUCAGACAAUUCCAGUGGAAAAGAUACAACCAAGUUACAGUUCAUCAACAGCGUUUGCAAUUGCUGCCAUUGUGCUAAUUGCCCUAAUGAUCAUAAUUGGACCCAUCUUCUGUAUGCUGUGUAAAAUGAAAGAGAAACGCGACGAGCGAAAGAGAAAAAUGAGGGCAUUGAAAAAUCGAGAAGUAUCCGAAAACAACAUCAUGGAAGCCAUGAUGCUACACGAGUUUGGCUCCUCUGGGCCAAAUUCAGUUGAAAACCAGGCUGCAAUGUCUCCGAACUAUUACAAGAAUGAGCAAACACGUUAUGACACUAUCGAUCCUGAAAUUGAGUGCUUAAAUCAAAGCCAUCCGCUUCCUUAAGGGCACAUUACAUAGAGUAAUGUCCCUUUAUUACAUAUUGUGCAAAAAAAAAAAUAAUGUGUAAAUACAGAUAAGUAAGACUUACUAUGAACACUAUUGCAUUUCAAGAAAAAAUGCAAGAAAAUCUUUUCGUAAAAUAUUAAAACAAAGUGCUGGAUAUAUGCAAAAAAAUCCUUAUUGUACGUGAACAGUGAAUCAAUAUCACAUAUGAAGGUGACAAAGCAUCUCAUGUAUGUUGUUUUAAGAUUCCUUAUAUCUUGUGUAAAUAUGUCAUAUGGAAAAAAAUGAUAUGUAAUAAAUACAUAACAACAAAUGUUUUGUCAUCAC